AUGAAGGGACAACAACAACAACAAAUCCAGACUACUUUCAUGAUGAGACAAGACCAAACAAUCUUCACAUGGCCACAACAAGAGCUUCCUCGUGAUCAUGAUGAUCAGGUACCAAAUCGUGAUCGUGAUGGACAUGUCAUGAAUAAAACCAAAUCGUUCUUCGACCAAGAAGAUGUUAAGCCAGAGACCAUCAAGAACAUGAUCAAGAGCGAAGGCCAAGAACCGGAGAGAACAAACGAUUUUGAUAAUCUCUCCUUCUCUCAACUGCCACCACACCCAUGGCACUGCCCACCGUUGUCACAAGUUAUGGAGUAUUUCCAGUCUUUUAGUGAUAUUCAGGAUUCAGAGACACAAACACCAGAUGAUAUAACUUAUGAUUCUCCUCCUACACUUGCUCAAGACUGCAAAAGCUUCAAAUGGAAUGUACAAGUCAUAGAUACGGCUGUGAACAUAAAAGGAAAAAUGGUGUCAGCUAGAGAUGUUUGGAAAUUGCAAAAUUGCAAAGUGAUAGUACAGUUUGAUGGAGAUAGCGGUCAACCAGUUGAAGAUUCUGGAGGUUUACUUGGAUCAUGGCUGGGUCAAUUAAGUACUGAUGUGAAUUUGUUACCUAUUGACUACACUGAAUGGAGAUUGGUUGGUGACAACACAAAAAAUAAGGUGUGGGAUGUAAUUCAGGCAAAAUUUUGGUUUGAUAACCCAACGACAAGAAGGAAGUAUGUGAUGAGUGUUCUAGGGAGCAGAUGCAACAGUUUCAAAGGGCGUCUUUGGAAAAAUUACAAACGGGAUGAUCGGACUGAAACGAUGCAAAAUCGACCCAAUAAUGUUCCUGAAAGUCAGUGGCAUAAUUUUGUAUGCUUACGAUUCACUGAAAACUGGAAGAAAAUGCAAGAACGGAAUACAAAGAAUCAAAAGAAGAACAUUAUGCCUCAUUUGUGUGGAAGAAAGAGUUUUGGAAGGAAAAGACGUGAGAUUACAAUCAAGACGGGAAAAACACCAAGUCGAGCUGAAUUCUUCGUUGCAACUCGUACGAAAUCUGAUGGAAGUUUUGUAUCAGAGGAAGCUAAAACACGUGGGGAAGCACUUACAACAUUGUUAACCCAAAAUCCAUCAAGACAAGUCACAGCCAAUGUUAUAGCUAGUUUGGAUGAUGAAUAUGCCCAAGUGUUUGGUCCAGAACGGCCAGGACGAAUACGUUGUGUCGGACGUGGACCCACACCUUCAAAGUUAUUUGGUAAAACUACUCAAAUAACACCAGAGAUAGAAAAUUCUGAAGCCUAUAUUCGAAUGAAGACAAAUAUGAAAGGACUAGAAGAAACAAAUAAGUAUAUGAGUAUGUUCAUUCAACAGAUACUUGCUGCUCAAUCUAGUGAACAGGAAACGGGAGAUGAUACCAACAGAAAUUAG